AUGAACAGAGACGAUGGGGAGGAAAAUAAGGCAGAAGAACAAGGACAGGAGGGGCCACGAGAGUCAUCGGUGUCGGGAAUACGAGAGAACCUUUCCCAAUGCGGGGGACUGGAAGCUGCCUCAGCAAGUUUGGAAAGAGCAGAAGGUCGGCAGGAAAUCCACCCAACGGAGGAAGCGGAAGGCCACAGUCAACCCAGAGUCAAAGCUAUUCGCAAGAGGAAGAAGAUGUUAUCCCGUAUGGAGAUGCAACAUCAUUCUCAGAGGAUUAAUCCCCAAGAACUGUUAGAGGAUGUCCAGCUGACAAAGUCGAUGAACAGAGACGAUGGGGAGGAAAAUAAGGCAGAAGAACAAGGACAGGAGGGGCCACGAGAGUCAUCGGUGUCGGGAGUACGAGAGAACCUUUCCCCAAGUAGGGGACUGGAAGCUGCCUCAGCAACCUUGGAAAGAGCAGAAGGUCUGCAGGAAACCCACCCAAUGGAGGAAGCGGAAGGCCACAGUCAACCCAGAGUCAAAGCUAUUCACAGGAGGAAGAAGGUGUUAUCCGGUGUGGAGCUGCAACAUCAUUCUCAGAGGAUUAAUCCCCAAGAGCUGUUAGGGGAGAAACCCAGCCAAAGCUCAGAGCCUGUGAAAAGUGACCCUCUGACCAAAAAAUCGAUGAAACAUCCAAGGCUUGAUGCCAAGGGAAAGACACAUAAAUGUUUGGUGUGUGGAAAGUGUUUCAGAAUGGAUUCAGUCCUUAAAAUACAUCAGCGAAUUCACUUAGGGGGGAAACUGCAUAAUUGUACAGAAUGUGGAAAGUGGUUCACUCAAAAAUUAAACCUUAUCAAACAUAAAGUGUACCAUAGAAUAAAGAAAUGCUUUAAAUGCAAAGAAUGUGGGAAAAGGUUCAGUCAGAAAGGAUACCUUACCAGACAUCAACGAAUUCACACAGGAGAGAAGCCCUACAUGUGUAAGGAAUGCGGGGUCAGCUUCAGUCAAAAUGAAAGCCUUAGAAGACGUAAACGAAUUCACACAGGGGAGAAACCCUAUAAAUGUGAAGAAUGUGGAAAGAGUUUCAGUGAAAGAUCAACCCUUAAUCGACAUCCCAUGUGCCAUACAGGGGAGAAUCCCUAUAAAUGUGAACAAUGUGGGAAAAGUUUCAACAACAAAUCAAACUUUAGCCGACAUCGCAUGUGCCAUACAGGGGAGAAACCCUAUAAAUGUGAAGAAUGCGAAAAAAGCUUCAACCAUAAAUCACACCUUAAACAACAUCGCAUGUGCCAUACAGGGGAGAAACCCUAUAAAUGUGAAGAAUGCAAAAAAAGCUUCAACCGUAAAUCACACCUUAAACAACAUCGCAUGUGCCAUACAGGGGAGAAACCCUAUAAAUGUGAAGAAUGCGAAAAAAGCUUCAACCGUAAAUCACACCUUAAACAACAUCGCAUGUGCCAUACAGGGGAGAAACCCUAUAAAUGUGAACAAUGCGAAAAAAGCUUCAACCGUAAAUCACACCUUAAACAACAUCGCAUGUGCCAUACAGGGGAGAAACCCUAUAAAUGUGAAGAAUGCGAAAAAAGCUUCAACCGUAAAUCACACCUUAAACAACAUCGCAUGUGCCAUAGAGGGGAGAAACCCUAUAAAUGUGAAGAAUGCGAAAAAAGCUUCAAUUGUAAAUCAGACCUUAAAAAUCAUCACAGGUGCCAUACAGGGGAGAAACCCUAUAAAUGUGAACAAUGUGGAAAGUGUUUCAGUCAGGGGUCAACCCUUAAGCGACAUCGCAUGUGCCAUACAGGGGAGAAACCCUAUAAAUGUGAACAAUGCGAAAAAAGCUUCAAUCGUAAAUCAGACCUUAAAAAUCAUCACAGAUGCCAUACAGGGGAGAAACCCUAUAAAUGUGAACAAUGCGAAAAAAGCUUCAAUCGUAAAUCAGACCUUAAAAAUCAUCACAGGUGCCAUACAGGGGAGAAACCCUAUAAAUGUGAAGAGUGUGGAAAAGACUUCAAUCGGAGCUCAUCCCUUAACAGACAUCAAAAAACUCACUCAGGGAAGAAACAUUUUUAG